ACUCUGUUAACUGGUCUUUUCUCUCCGUGUAUCAUUAGACACCAGAUGUGACAGUUCUUCGCUCCGUUGUCCUCAAAGACAUUCCUGUUUUACUUGGUGACGACUCCAGUGAAUUCUCGCAGACCUGCUCUUGCAGGAAGUCACUGAAGAAGGAGAAGCAGCCGUGAAGCCGACCUGAAAACAUCCUGUUUCAGUUCGACACGAUGGCGACGAGACUCCUGCUGCUGCUUUGUCUCAUCCAGCAUGUGUUUGCUCUGCCCGACGUCAAGUGUUUGGUGGUGAAUCUGGAACGAGUUGAAUGUCACUGGAACAGCGACGGGAUCCCGGAGGACAACUACAUCUUCACCAGCCGGUUCCACGGUAAAACGCUGAGCGAAUGUCAAACCUACGUGAGGGAGGGAGGCAGAAACGUGGGAUGUAUCCAGCCCUACACGGAAAACCUGCUCCGGUUCAACACGUUCACCACCUGGCUCUCAGACAACGUCACCAACAAGGAGCAGGACCAUCUCCUGAAGGAGGAGGUCAAGUUGAAUCCACCCACCAACCUGACGGUGCAGAACGGAUCUGACUCCAACCUGCACUUCUACUGGAACAUGACCAAGGCCAACUGUGCCAGGAGUGAGGUCCGCUACCGGAAGAACGACCGGAACUGGGAGACUUCUGCCGUCAGCCUGGCGAGAACGUGUUACUGCAUCAACCUUCCCUCCAAAAACUCCCGCUACGAGCUGCAGGUCCGCAGCAAACUGGACAACAUGUGUGGAGAGUCCAAGUACUGGAGCGACUGGAGCGAGCCGGUGGUCUGGGGAUUCAACAACAGCACAGACCCUAAUGUGGGGGAUGAGAUGUCGGUGUGGAUGCCGGUGCUGUCGGUGAUGGGGGGCAUCACCCUGGUCCUGCUGGUCCUGAUGCUGCUGCACAACGAGAGGCGCAGGAUCAUCCUCAUCCCGGCCCCCAAGCUUUCCCUGAUCCCCCCCGACCUGGAGGACUGGUUCGAGUUCCCUAAAGGGCUGAAGGAGAGUUUUAAGAGCAGCUACACUGAGCGGGCCUGUCCGGUCCGUGAGUACUGCUACGUGUCCCAGUCCAGCUCCGACUGCUCCGGCUCCUCCGUCACCACCGACCAGACCGACUGCUCCAUCACCGUGACCGAGCCCGAGGACCCCGCCCCCCCGGCCUCCGCCCCGUCCGACCACCACCUGCAGGUGUAGCGGGUCCAGGCUGGACCGGGUUCCUCCAGAACCUUCAGGCUUUCUCCUCCGGCUGGAAUCAGGAAUUAGACAUUUUUAUUCAAGAAAACCUCAAUAAACAAAAACAAUAAAAUCCAGUUGAACUGGAGCAAAAAUAAAAAAAUACUAUAGCAGCUACACACAAUAAAAUACAGUAUAAACAACAACAGAAUCAGAAAAAAACGUUAUUCAUCCUGGAUUAUGAAGAUCAGCACAGAGAGAAACACACAAAGGCUUCAGCAGCAGAUUGUGUGUAACAUCAACCUGCCAGUAACACAAAGAGUCAAGAUGAAUAGUCGUAAAUAUGAAAAAAUAUAUUUAAAAAAAGAAAGGAAGUAAAAUAGCAGAUUGGGUGCAGCAAUAAAUAAUGUGACGGGUGGAUUUAAUUAAGGGCGACAUUGUGAUAUUGCACAGAAAUGAAUGUAACUGGUACGAUGAGGGAAAAACAGUGUUAAACAACACAGCAAAUGGUAAAUAUGUGUCUAGAUAGAACAGGGAAAUAUAAAUAUGUCUGGUUUUUACUCUGUGGGUUAAAUAAAUAAAUGAGUCUCGUCUUAUAAAACCCUGCAGCCUUUAAAUUAAAUACUCGGUCAUUUAAAAUCUCCUUUAAGUCGCAGUUUACUACAAAUCAAAGUCAGUCUGGAAAACAUAUACAAAAACAAAUGUUCAUUCACUACACGAGAGAAACAACUUCAAGUGUUUUAUAUUUAAAUGGUUAAAUCCGUCUUCAGCUUCGUCACUGGAAACGUGGGUUUAGUGGAUUAUGUCGCUACGUUAAUAUUUUAUACGUUAAACAUUUAAGGUCUGAAGCAGAAACGUAACCGACCGAUAGCAGCGUAUGUUCUGGAGACAAAGCCACACUAAAAAAAUGUGAUGAAAGUCUUUACCAGCAAACCAGGAUCAUGUUUAUAUAAAUCUAUAUAUACACAUUAGAGGUUUUACUCGUCUCUAAACCGAGCUUGGCGACACCAGUAAAGAUGCGUAGUAGUACACGGUACAUGAACAUUUAAAUGCAUGUAAUACAUGUAGGACUGAGUGGAAGUUAAUGUCAUUUAUCAGUGGAUGAUAACGAUGAAACGUCUGGACAACGUGGCUUAAAAAGUUUGUUCCAUCAUGAUUAUUUCUUGUGUUUUAUUGUUUGUGUGUAGAGUUAUGUUGGUUAUAUGACAACACAACUACUUAUUUCUGAAUAAUUUACCCUUUUUUAAUUGUGAUACUUCCUAAUAAGGCAUUUUUUAUGUGGGAUUUGUAACUGAAAACACAAACUUACAAUGAAUAAAUCUUGUGUUAGUAGAUCUGUCUACAUCAGACACAAAGCGGAAACGAAAGAAAAUAGUUUUUACAGUGGAGUAUUUAUAAAGAACCUCACUAGAAUCUAUCGGUAAAUGAUUUUAAACCAAACAGAGUGGAUCUGGAAACCCCAAAAUAAGCCUUCAAUAAUAAUAAAAUAUUAGGACAUUAUUAAAAAGUGACACCACAAACUCACAUUGUUAUUUGUCUUAAUUCUGUAUCUUAAAGGAAUGUAUCUUUUUUAUUAUGACCGAUUUGUCUUUUUAAUGUUUUUAUUCUAUAUAUAUUCCCAAUAAACAGUCUCUUUUA